CGCCGGCAAUCCUUUCCCCAGAAUUCGUGGAGAAUGUUCUGGGUCGACUCUUCGCAGCUCAUUCUAAUGGUCUAAAAGCCUUGGAGUUUUUCAAUUUCACCGUCCGCCAUUCCCUGGAUGCUCCCAGUAUCGAUGCUUUUGAGAAGACCCUCCACAUCCUCGCACGGAUGCGUUACUUCGACAAAGCUUGGGACUUGAUGGCUGAAAUCCGGCGAAAACACCCGUCCUUGCUCACCCUUAAAGCAAUGAGCAUCGUGCUAUCGAAAAUUGCGAAAUUCCAAUCUUAUGAAGAAACCCUUGAAGCGUUUAAGAAGAUGGAGACUGAUAUCUUUGUUGGGAGGGAGUUUGGUACCGACGAGUUCAACGUUCUGCUUCGAGCAUUUUGCUCACAGAGGGAGAUGAAAGAGGCACGAUCUGUAUUCCAUAAGAUGCAUUCUCGAUUCGCUGCCGAUUCGAAAACCAUGAACAUACUUCUUCUGGGAUUCAAGGAAUCGGGCGAUAUUACUGCCAUGGAAUUGUUUUACCAUGAAAUGGUUCGAAGAGGAUUCAAACCCAAUAGUGUCACGUAUAACGUCAGAAUUGAUACUUACUGUAAGAAGAGAAGAUUUGGUGAUGCGCUGAGAGUUUUCGAAGAAAUGGAGAAGGUGAAUUGCUUGCCUACAAUGGAAACCAUCACAACUUUGAUCCACGGUGCAGGGGUUGCUCGUAAUACACAGAAGGCAAGGCAGAUGUUCGAUGAAAUUCCUAAGAGAAACCUGCAACCUGAUAUUGGAGCUUAUAAUGCUUUGAUCAGUUCACUUGUAAAAUCCAGAGAUAUAGACUCUGCAAUUAAGCUGAUGGAUGAGAUGGAGGAGAAACAAAUUGGGCAUGACAGUGUGACUUAUCACACAAUGUUUUUAGGAAUGAUGAAGAUAAGAGGCAUUGAGGGUGUCUGUGAGCUCUAUAACAGGAUGAUAGAAGCAAAUUUCAUUCCAAAGACACGAACUGUUGUGAUGCUAAUGAAAUUCUUCUGUGAAAACCGACGGGUUGAUUCAGGUUUGAACCUGUGGAGGUACCUGGUGGAGAAAGGGUGCUGUCCUCAUACUCAUGCAUUGGAUCUUCUGGCAAUAGGAUUGUGCUCCAGGGGGCGGUGGCAGGAAGCUUUUGAAUGCUCCAAGCAGAUGUUGGAGAGAGGGAGGUAUGUGAGUGAAGCAGCACACCGCAUGUUGCAGAGAUUUUUAAGGCAGUUUAAUGAAGUGGAGAAGAUAAGGGAGCUGGACAGGAUGAUAACAAAACUGCAAUCUGCUUUGCCUCCAUCAGGAGAGCAAGCUAUUGAUACCAGUACGUUACGCCAACAUAAAAUUGUUCUUUCCAAAAUAUUUUGAUAUGGAACACCUUUCUAUCUCAAUUUUGUGCCAAAGUCUAACGUAUUUGAUAUUUGCGAAC